AAAAGUGUUGCCAUUAGAUUAUAAGUCGUUUCGUCAAUAUGAUUCCGUAUAUUUUAAUCGACUGGUUGUUUGACUCGGUUGUUUUAAGUUUAUUUACUGUCAUUACGAUUAUUUAUUAUUUAUCAACAUCGACGUACGAUAAAUGGCGAAAGUUGAACGUGCAACAUAUUCAUCCAGUGCCUUUGUUCGGCAAUGUAUUCAAAAUGAUUAUGGGAUUGGAAGACCAAAUAACCGCGUUCGGUAGAAUUUACAGACGAUUUCCCAAUUCGAAAAUCUGCGGUUUUUAUCAAAUGAGAACGCCGUUUCUGAUGAUCAGAGAUCCGGAACUAAUUGACGCAAUUACGAUCAAAGACUUCUCGCAUUUUACCGAUCAUGGAUUGGAAUUCGAUCCGUCCAUAAAUUUACUGGCUAGAAGUCUAUUCUUUGCGAACGGUCAAAAAUGGAAGGUCAUGAGACAAAAGUUGAGCCCGGGAUUCACGUCAGGUAAACUCAAAUGUACGAACGAUCAAAUAAAAGAAUGUAGUGAUCAGUUAAUACAAUUUGUUGACGAAAAAUUGUCGAAACAAUCCGAUGGGUUCGACGUAAAAGAAAUUUUCGGGAAAUUCACCACAGACGUUAUUGGCACAUGUGCUUUCGGUUUGAAAUUGGACACAAUCACCGACAGUGAUUCGAAUUUUCGAAAGUAUUUAAAUGAAAUAUUCGGCAAUAAUUUUAAACAAACUUGCAUAAUGAUGUUAGGAAUGGUCUUCCCGAAAGUGGUCAAGUUCUUUAAACUCCGUUCAUUUCCGCUGGAGGCGUCUAAUUUUUUCUAUUCGGUGUUUACCGACGUCAUAGAUUAUAGAACUAAAAACAGUGUGGUGAGAAAUGAUCUGGCGCAAACCCUAAUGGAAGCGAGAAAAGAAUUGGUAUUGAACGGCGACAAUGCUACCGGUGACGGUAAGGGACAAGAUUUAAAAUUAUUUGUAUAACUCUAUUGUAGUAUAGUAUAUUAAAUGGAUUGUUAUGACAUUAACAUUUGCAGAGAAAUUUACUGACUUGGACAUAAUAUCCAAUGCGAUUUUAUUGUUUACUGCCGGCGCUGAAACCGUUUCCGUCACAGCGGCGUUUUGCCUUUACGAGUUAGCUUUGAACAGAGAUAUACAAAAUAAAUUACGCGACGAAAUAAAUUCGAAAAAUGAAAAAUAUGGCGGACAAUUUACCAAUGAAUUUUUGAUGGAUCUUCAUUACGCUGAUAUGGUUUUAGAGGGUAUUAUUUAAGAUUAUUUAUGGUGAUCUAUGAACUAAUAAUUUUCUCCGAGGGUUUUAAGCGAUUUGAUUUCUGUUUUUUCAACCUUUACGAAAUCUUUUAAGUUUUAUUUUAUUUUUUGCCCCUACUCCUUAAACCUUAAAUUAGUAUAUACUUAUGAUUUUUUAACAGGAAACCCCCCAUUUCAAACACAGAUUAGAAUAAAAAAAUUGUCUACAUAUUUUGAUACACAUCAAAAUCGUACUAAAAUCGGAUUUACCGUUUAUGAGUUCAAUAUUUACACUCGAGGAAUGAGUUGGGUUAAUAAAUUUCAUAUCAAUUUUAAGAUGUUAAAUUGAUUAUACUUCCCUACUUUUCCAGUCUAAACUUUAAAUUCUAAUAACUUUAUAAUAAUGUAUAUAGGUUCUCAUAACAAAUAUAAGAAUUUGGGAUGAAAAUUUAAAAAAUUAUUAAAAAAUUGAAGUAUUAGAAAUCAAAUUUACUUAAAAUCUUUCAAGGAAAUAGUUGGUUUAUGAUUAUAACUUUGAGUAAUUAUUUUAUGAGUUGUAAUUAAUUGUAUAUAAUUUAUAUUUUUGACUGUACACUGUUAAUAUUUUGGUAUACAAAUUUCAUAGUUUUGUUAAAUUUAAGUAAAAAUUAAUUUUCAGAAACUCAUCGUAUGUAUUCUAUUACCGUGAACAUAAUUAGACAAGCCACACAGACCUUCAAGGUACCUGGCAUGGAUUCAUUUAUAAUUGAAAAGGGACAAAAAAUUGUGAUACCCAUGUCUAGUAUACAUCAUGAUCCAAAAUAUUAUCCUAAUCCAAAAACAUUUGAUCCGGAACGAUUUACCAAGGAAGAAAAAUCUAAACGACCGAAUAGCACUUUUCUUCCAUUUGGUGAAGGCCCUCGUCACUGUAUCGGUAUGUAUAGCUAAAUUAUUAAACUAAAAUAAAGUCAUAAAUUAAUAAUUAAAUGUAUUUAUAAUACUAAAGGAAAACGUUUUGCCGAAUUAGAAUUAAAAUUGGUUCUAUCGAAAAUAUUAACAAAAUUUGAAGUUUUACCUUGUGAAAAAACUGAAAUUCCUCUUCAACUAAGAAGAAAACCAGGUUUAGUUCAACCAAGAAAUGGUAUUUGGUUAAAUUUUAGAUCAAUUAAUACAUCAUAAUUCUUACAGAAAAUAAAUCUUAAACAAUCUUAACUCUUGCAGUAUUGAAUAAUCAUAUGACAUUUUAAACAAUCAAAUUUGUGUAACCAUUUUUUAUUUAUUAUUGAAUAUAGUUGAUUUGAAAUUUUAAAAUUAUCUAUUUUAUUAUCAAGAAUAAAAAUAUGUGUAAAUAUUUCCAAAAGCAUACAAUUGUUAUAUUGAAUUUUAUUGUAUAAAUUCAAAAACUAUCCCACAACCAUAAUGGCAGUUAACGCGUAGUGUGCAGUGUACACAUUAAGGUGCGGUAAUAUAAAUG